AUUACCAAAAGCAAAUAAGAUCAUACAUUGAUAUACGAUCAUACAUAUAUUGAAAAUAUUUAAAAAUUAAAAUAUCAAAGAAACUUUAAGAAAGUGUAUAUGAUAUUUUGUUGCGAAAAUAAUGGCUUUGAGAAUAUUGAAACAAAGGUGUUCUUCAUUUAAUUUCAUAAAGUUGUCAAAAUGCUGUGGUAUUAAAAAAAUGGAUUUCUUACCAAAAACUAGCUGUCAUGUUAUCUUGAGACACUAUAAUUUUGACCAGCAGAUUUAUUUGCAUUGGUGUUACAAAAGAGAGUGAAAUGCUAUUUGAACAAAAUCAAGAUGAGCAGUGUGUCAGUGAUGAGGUGGCUAAGUGGUUAGAAUUGUCCAAGCCAACUUUUGUAAAUGGUCGAUAUGUGAAGGCAAAGCUAAGUGCAAGAAGAUUAGCAAAGAUAAGAAAACAGUAUGUAUCAGAUGGGUAUUAUUGGCCAACAAAACCUUUGCGUGAUAGGUCUCUAGAUAUGGUACCCAAAUAUUCAAAAAAGGAAAAAGCAAGAGAAGAAAGACGAAAAUUGAUUGAAGAAAACAUGAAGAAAAUGCCGGAAAUGAUUGCAGAGUACAGGGCGAAAAUGAAAGAUCUCCGUGCACAGAAACGGGAGUUAAAAGAGAAACAGAAAGAAAAGCAGUUGGAGGCACAACGAUUAGGUUAUCAUCCUAAAGAUCCCAGAGGAUUACAAAAACUUAUGCAAGCUGAAGCAUUAGAGGCAAAAAAGAAUAAACGUAUGCAAAAGAGGGCUCGAAGCUCUAGUUAAGCCGAAACUAUUAUAUUAUUAUGCAAUGGCAGUUAUGAAAAUAAGUAUAAUGUAUAUUUAUUUAUUAUAUGACUUUUCAAUAUCCUCCAUGCUGAUUGCUUGACGAGCGGUCCGUAAAAAUCCAUAUCCGGACCGUGGCCCGUAUAUUCCGUAUCUGGACCAAUAUCCCGGAUGCCUCAUGCAGUUCAGCCAUAUAAUAAAAAGAUUAUUAUUGACCUCGCUUGUUCGAUCUGUACUAAAAAGCCUCGGUCUGAUAUUUCACAAUACAGACCUCACGCUCGGUCAAUAAUCAGUUAUUCUGGCUGUUGCACAUGGAGUCAAGUACUUUUAGAUUUUUUGCCAAGGCAGAGGGGCGCGACCUCCAACGCGACCUCCCGCACGCUUAUUUUAAUAAGCACUUUGUCGUCACCAAAAACAAUAGUCUUUAAAAGCCCCGUUUACACUAUACCAUUUUAGCCGUGCCGUACCAGUAAAUUGAGUGUAUAUAGUGUAAACGGGGCUAAAUUUCAUUCAGUACAACCAUGUUUUUUUUGGUGCACUGAGCAUCUACAACGUAUGAACAUCCUCAUUCUGCCUCUACAGGCCAAUUGCAGAGAAACGACAGUCUGAAAUUCAAAUAUAACAAGAUAUCGCAUUCUUUUGUCACGUAUCAUCAACGCAUUUUAGAACAAUCAUAUCUCUGUAUUGUUUCUAAUUGCAUUUCAAACACUAGCGAUUUUCGGUACACACUGUAGUCCCCUGCUCCUCACUGAUGAUUGGAAUUGAAGAAUUUUAAUAAUUCUUUUUUUCAAAAUAACUCAAUUUUUCACAUAAAGUAUAAUUUCAACACAAUUUAUUUAAGAAAAAAUGUCAAUUUGCUAACCUACAAUCUAAAAGUUUCUCUAUAGUUUAAAAUACUGGACAUAUAUGUACAUAAAACUAUUAUGUCGCCCUGCUUAAAACAAGAAAUACUGCUAUGAGUGGUAACAUUGGAACUGAAUUUAAACCUUUUGCUAACUGUUCUUCUUAAUAUCAACAUUUGUAACGCCUGUAUUCUCAAAAAUUACUCAC